AUGGUGGACAGCCAUUUCCCCAGUCCGGAGGACAUCACCCUGCAGGAAUUCCGCGACGCCCUCGCAAAAUACGACCAGCUCAUCGAAGCCGUAUCUGCCUCUAAAGGAGCCAAACCUGGCCAGAAGACUCUUGCAGAGCUAGACCAUUACCGUUACGUGGAGGCCCCUGCCUUGUUCGCCGCGACCAGUCCAAGCCGGCCGAUGCAGCUUGGGGAUGUGCAAACUUUAGUCGAAUGGAAGCUCAAGCAUGGAAAGUUCCGCCCAACUCUGAUGAAGCUCGUGUCCUCAAAUGAGGAAUCUUUCGUCAAGGACACGGCCACGAGCGCGCUGGACAUUUACACCAAGAAAGCCGACGCCUCCGCAGCCAUCGACGUGCUAACAAAACUGAAGGGGAUCGGUCCGGCCACCGCCUCAUUGCUUCUGGCUGUCCACGACCCUCAGAAUAUAGUCUUUUUUGCGGACGAGGCCUUCUACUGGCUGUGCGAUCACGGGAGGAGAGGCCACAUGAAAUACAAUGCCAAGGAAUACAAGGACCUCCACGAGAACUCACAGAAGCUGGCCAAACGACUCUGUGUCAAAGCAAUCGAUGUGGAGCGGGUGGCUUAUGUCCUCUUGAACGACACCGGCGCAAGUUCGCCAACUAAGCCACCGGCAGGUACUCCGAACACCGCAGCGGCGGCCCCCGAAAAGACCACGUCUGUGGCCACCAAGAGGAGGCAGGAGGGUGCCAUUGAAGCAUCUUCUGCACCUCGACGAUCAAAGCGGAGCAAGCAAUCCUGA